UCCAAGUCCAGCCCCCUCUUCGCCUUGCGAUUCGUGAUAAUGGCGCUGUGCUUUCUUCGAAUCCAAAUGAUCAUGUGUUUUUGCACCCUUGCCUCUACCGCAACUGCUCCCGAGUGAGAGCUUGUCUUUGUUUAUAUUUACCCUCAGUCUGGCCCAUGCGCCGAGCCCAGGCUGGUCCCUGGUCUAGCUGUGCUGCCUCUCGCUGAUGCGAGUGCUGUUUUCCGUGAUUCGCUUGCCCAGGUUCAAGAGCAGACCCUCCGCAGUUCCUCAUGCGCCUCUCCGAUUUAUUCUUUGAGACCACAAUAUAUAUUCCACAUAUUCGAUAGCAAGGAUUCCUUGGUCGGCCCGCUCCUGGUUCGCGAUGCAGGGUACGUUCCCGAUGAUCAACCAGGCGGAUCAUACUGAGCUCUCUGGUCCGCCCGUGGUGAUCCAGCAAUAUGCAAGAUAUCACCCUCCUUCUCUCGAUCCUGGCCUCCAGAGUGGCUCCUCUAUAGGCAGUGCUCGUUCUCCGCCCUUGCAUCGCAAAGCAACUCCGCGCAGUUUGCAAUCGUCGCCCACUGUCCCGCGUCCAGCUGCUCCACCGGGACCGUCCGUGCGCUCCGGCCCGUCGAUGUCUCCUCCAGUAUUCGAUACCCUGACUCAAAGACGGCCGCGCGACUCGAUCGACCAGGUCGAAAGUCGAUCGCUCCCAUCCCGCGACAUCACGGACGACAGUAUUGAUGAUGCCUACGUCAUGUUCAUCUUCUACUGCAACCCUAACGUUCCUCUAUCCGCUGAUUCAACUGAACUACGCAAAACAUUUCGGUGUCCCCCCCGCAGCGACGGCAAAAGCUUUAGUAUAUUCACAUUAUGGGAAUUAAUAAGGAAGCUUGACAACAAGGAGUUGAAAACGUGGAUCCAGUUGGCUAUUGAGUUAGGAGUUGAACCGCCUGAUAUGGAGAAGAAGCAAAGCACCCAAAAGGUCCAGCAGUAUGCCGUUCGCCUCAAGCGCUGGAUGCGAGCGAUGCAUGUCGAUGCGUUUUUCGAGUAUUGUCUCGGUCACCAACAUCCGUACUAUACGCAACUUCCUGCGAGUAAUGCUGUCGUCAGCGAUAGUCGUGACGGAGUGCCCCUGGAUGAAGACCUUGCUUUGCGUGCGCUUGUUCCGCAAUGGAAACCUAAACGUGGGAGAAAGAGGGCGGAAGAAAAGGACAAUCCGAGCGACAGGGCACUCAAAAGACCACAACUGGAUACUUCCGUCGGCGUCUUCCCGGCUGGAUCAUUCCCCACACACUCCGCAACUUUCCCACACAGUGCCAUUCCCUUUAGCGCCUUGCCGGACGAUAUGGAGUCGGAAACCCCGUGGAUUACAGCAUCUUCCUUUCCCACAGAUGCCCCGUCCGAUGUUUCCAAUGCGCAACAGGGGCAAGACCUUCGCUGGAAAAGCCUUGAUCGAGAGGCGUCCCCUCCCGGCUACCCACAGUCGGCCAUACUUCCAAGAGGUCAUCAUCCUUCAGACGUCUUUCCUUCUUCCACUGCCUCCACUGAACCCCGGUCCGCUGUCACUCCAUCCUCGGGAGAGAAGUCACGUUCCAAACGGCGGCACGGCCCUGCUGUCUCAUCUGCUUGGCCAAAUACCAAUACUUCCUCAACAGGGAAGAUGCGUGGCCGACCACCAAACAGAGGAACAGUGUCGGGGCCUUUCUCAUCUUUCCCCGUGAACCCUAACCGCUCCGAUCCAUCACAUCUCCACCGCACUGCGAUCAGACCAUCACCUACGGUCGUAUUAGAGCAAGAUCCCGUGAACUCGCAGUACCACCAAUCCCCCACGCCGGCUAAUGCACCCGGCAAGCCCAGUAAGCUCCAGCUUCAAGUUCCACAGCACUCAGGUGCUCCAGUACGGCUAGCAACGCCGCCUACGUUGCUGCUCAACGGGGUAAGCAAUCCCUCGGGCUCCAUGAACUUUGAAGGCAACAACCGGAACGGAACUACAGAUAAUCGAGCUGCAAUGUCGACCACCGCACCUAUAGUCAGCUCGUCGUUGAAUGACACUCGUAGCGGCGCCACCAACACGAUUGUUACUCCCGACGGGGUGGUGCGAAUACUGUCUGGCGAGCUGCUCCGAGCAAAACUCACCGGUCGCGAGGGCCCUCUCAGCGCAGACGAAGCACGCGCUCUAGCGUCAAUCGUCGUGGCGAAUCUGACUGCUUUGUACUCCAAGUUACCUUUUGGCGCCGCCGCUCUGACGUCCGCUCUGCACCUGGGACUCGGGCCAUAUUUCGGAUACUCAGGGAUCACAGAUAGCACACUGGCUGUGCAUGUCGAAGCGAGACCCACAGCUGCUGGCGAUGCGACAAUUCCGGUUUAUAGUAUCUCCCUCCAAUACAAACCCGGCUCCCGAUCCUCAAUAAAUGUCUCGUUUGACGAGCUAGCUAUUGGCAACAUCCCGAUCCCUCCUAGUAAAUUCGACAGCCUCCCGAAGCAGGCUGAUGAAUUUGACACUAGCGUCGCUGAGUUAGACAGCCUGACCGACGCCGAAUUCGAACUCGACACUGCGGACAGCCCAGUCGCGGAGACAACAUGGAAGCAGCGAUAUUUGAAGCUCCGCGCGCAGAUGCAAAAGAGGGAGCGGUCUCUAUCGCAAUAUAAACGCAAGAUUCUUGAGUCUGUCAUGGCAGACAUAUAACGAACCCCUUGGCCAGCGUCCUGAUAAUUGCAUCUAAACAUGCGCUAUAUACUUGGAUAUUGCCAGCACAUUGCUGUUGUUUUCUAAUAUCUACCAAUACCCCUGUUUUGCUUUUGCGAGUUAUGAAGGACUCAGUGCUACGACUGUUUUUAUUUAUUGGCUUAUUUCGCUACAGAUACCCAGUGAGCAAUGUCUUUUGAUGGUCAUGUCCAGGUACGAAUAAUAUGAUGAAUUGUUUCAAGCGCUUAAAUCCGGGUGUAGAUUCUCAGUAGCGACGACUGUAUCUAGCGGGAAUAAACCAUUUGCAUACCCCAGAGUAGAGCAUCAAACAACGAAAAGCAGAAAAGCCAAAGAUCAUUCCCAGAGGU